AUGUCCUCUGUAGGAGAAUGCUUUGAUAUUGGUGCAUCUAUCAAGCGAGCAUUACUUGAAUUUGAAAACCGUCAAAAUAAUUUUGCUAGCGCCUACAAUAUUUCUCUUGAACAGUUAGACUAUCUUAGACCUUCGGAAGUUUCAAAUAAGUUCAAUGUAUUCUGUAGUGAAAAAAAUGUAGCUGGCAGUGGUGCUUUAAUGCGACUCGCUCCUGUGCCACUCUUCUUCUACCGUUAUCCCAAGUAUGCAGUCCACUUUUCUGGAUACAAUUCAAAAUUAACUCAUGAUGAUCAACGUGCUUAUGAUGCUUGUCGUUAUUACGGUGCUCUUAUUGUGGCUGCUCUUAGUGGCAAGAGCAAAAAAGAACUGCUCGACGACAAUUUUUAUUCCAAACAUAUAGAUUGGUUUAAUCAUGAACCACUUCAUCCCGACAUUAUGACAGUCGCCCAAGGAUCUUAUAAAAAAAAGAAUGGAUACAAGGACGGUAUUCGAGGCACAGGAUAUGUUGUCCACGUAUUAGAAGCCGCUUUGUGGGCCUUUUAUUAUGAUGAAUAUUCAUUUAAGAAAGGUGUUCUCGCUGCUAUUAAUCUUGGUGAUAAUACUGACACAACAGCAGCAAUCUAUGGCCAAUUAGCCGGUGCCUACUAUGGCUACGGUCGAUUACCUCAAAAAUGGUUGAAAUAUCUAUACGGUCACAGCUUUAUAAAAUGCCUGAGCAAAUGGAUUGCAUAUGAAGCGAAAAGAUGGAACCCAAAUAGUGUACUACCUUUGACGGUGACUGCUUCUGGCAAUCAACAACAACAAUCAAAUAUUACCAUGGACGUAUCUACUAAGCAACAUCAAGAUUCCAACACGAACACAUCGGUUUCUCAACCUUAUUCACCACAAAUCGCUCAAGCACAUUCUACGAAAAAUCAUAAAUCCAAGUCCAAGCUCGUUCUUCAGACAAAGGGUGGAGAAGAACAAAGUGAGUCCAGGAAACACACUCUAAAUAUAAUGCAACCGAAUGGUACUCCUAAAGCUCUUACACCACAGUAA